CAAAUACUGGAGACUACGCAUCGGCCAGGAUUGGAAGAUUGGUACUGGAGCUGCCCCAUCAUCACAAAGCGCAUCGGUACGGCCAGCCAACCUUUCUAUUUCCCAACCUAUCUCCUCUAUUUGUGUUUGAUACUUGCGCUUCUCCUGAUUUCAGUCGUGGAUGUGAGUUACCCGCUCGGUCAAGACUUUUCAACCGAAUUAAACCGCAAGCACCAAGUGCACCUUCGCAGUAAUUAUAACCGUGAGUACUCCACUUUCAUUUACUACUAAAAUGAGCGUAUCUGAGACUUAUGACACGCUAAGUGCGGGCUCAACGCGUGACAAGUCUCCAUAUAGGACAAACAGUGACUGUGAUAUUAAAUUGAUCCGAGAACUCGUUAAAAAACGAGGAAUUAUCAAAGGGAGGCUUACAAGGUUCAUUAACUACCUAAAGUCAUUUGAUGGUAUAGAUGUUUUGCCUAGUCAGAAUGUUAUGGACUUGAAACUGCGCAUACAAGGCGUCACUAGUCUUUAUACUGAAUUUAAUUGCAUUCAAACACAACUAGAAGAAGCAGUGUUAGACAGUGAUCUCGAUGAACAAUUAAAUCAAAGAGAAUCAUUCGAAGAUUCUUACUACACUGUUUUAGCCAAGGCAGAAUGCAUAAUCUUAAAAUCUAAUGCAUCUACCACUAAGUUGAAUGGCAAUCAUAACCUAAAUUCUGUUAAGCUACCUACCAUUACUAUACCCACCUUUGACGGUUCCUACGAGCACUGGUUGGAAUUUAGGGAUACUUUCCUUUCACUUGUUCACAAUUCCACUGAAAUUUCUAGCAUACAAAAGUUUCAUUACCUAAAAUCUUCGCUUAAGGGUAGUGCUGAGUUGGUGAUAGAUUCAUUGGAGUUUUCUAGUGCUAACUAUGACAUUGCAUGGGAACUGCUUCUCAAUCGGUACAACAACAGUAGGUUAUUACUUCAUAAUCACGUCAAGUCACUGUUCAAUAUCCAGACAAUAGGCAAAGAGUCGCCAGUUUUAAUUAGAAAAUUGAUAGACACUGUUCUAAAAAAUCUACGCGCAUUAAAGGUCCUCGGGGAGCCUACAGAUUCUUGGGACACUUUAAUAAUUUAUUUAAUAGUGUCAAAGCUCGAUAAAACCACAGAACGCGAAUGGGAACAGUUUAGAGGCACUUUAUAUUCUGAAACUGGUGACUCCAAAACGAAACUUAAGGUUGAUCACUUGAUGAACUUCCUUAAAAGUAGGGCUGAUAUGUUGGAAACAUUAUCCGUGUCGCACAGCAAACCCGAUAAUAACUAUAAACAAACUUUACACGCCAAUACAAGGGUUCACUGCAAUGUUUCCACACACGAUAGCAGCAAGUCUAACGUAACACAACCGAAAAAGUUAUGUUUAAUGUGUAAAAAGCCGCAUCCACUAUACUCUUGUCAGCAAUUUUUAGAUACUGAUGUUCUAGGUAGACUAAAUUUUGUAAAACAGAAUAACCUAUGCGUUAAUUGCCUGCGUCAGGGCCACACGGUUGCAGACUGCCGAUUCGGGCCUUGUAGAUUAUGUAACGAUAAACACAACUCGCUAGUUCACCGCAAUACGCACGAUUUAAACGCACACAAAUCGCCUGCAUCAAUGUUAUCGCUGCACUCUAUUAAGGAACCGCUUACCGAGGCGCCGCAACAGGCCGUCGCCUCCGCCACGCCCGCGACGUCAACGCAAUCACAUAAUUUGAACACAUCUGGUUCGAUCCAGGUAAACAAGGCACACAUAGAUGAUUUACGAUGCGAUCUAAGUAGUGUCCAUCAACCUGUUUUGCUUUCUACGGCGUUGAUUGAAAUAGCAGAUAUUCACAAUAAAUAUCACACCGCGCGUGCAUUGCUUGACAGUGGCAGCCAGCGCAGUUUUAUUACAAAGAAAUUAUGCGAUUCACUAAAUUUACCACUAAUACAGUCCACUCAUGAAAUACGUGGCGUUGGAAACUCGGUGACACAAACUACGCAAAUGUGUAACAUCGAUAUUCAGUCACGGACCGCAGCUUAUAAAACUAAUUUGCAAUGUUUUGUUCUUUCGAAUAUUACUUCAGCACUGCCAUCAGUACCUAUACAAAGCGCACAAAUCAGGAUUCCUGAUAAGAUGCUUUUGGCAGACCCAUUCUUUUACAAGUCUCAUGACAUAGAUAUUCUAAUAGGCGCAGACAAGUUUUGGGAUUUGUUAAAUACUGAAAAAAUUAGAUUAUGUAAUGGCCCAUUCUUACACGAUACAAAACUAGGUUGGAUCAUUUCAGGCCCCAUUUACAAUAAUGCGAAACAUUUUAAUUACAGUAACUGUAACUUUACGCAAUCUUUUGAUUCUCAACUUCGUAAGUUCAGGGAAUUAGAAGAGUUGCCUAGGGUGUCUGAAAUUCACGAGAUCACUAAGAAAGUUCCUUGGCGUCAUAUCAGCGGAAAACAUAACCCAGCUGAUCUCGUGUCACGAGGUGUCAAGUUAGAGGAUUUGCCUUCAGCAAGUUUGUGGUGGGACGGUCCCUCUUUACUUCAUGACAAUACCUUUGACAGUACAAAACCUAUGUCCACUGAUUAUUCUGAAAUUGCACAGAAAGACUUACCUGAAACAAAAAUCAAGCAGGUACUCGCUUUAACAUCUCAAACGCAAUCUCCAGUCUUUGUUUCCUUUUGAACGAUUUUCUCAAUUUAAUCGCAUGAGACGAGCUGGAGCUUAUGUUUUACGAUUUAUUUAUAAUUUACGCAACAAAAAUAAUCGUCGCACAGGCUCACUUACUGUGGAUGAAUUAAAAUUAUCAGAUUUAAUGUUAAUAAAAAUGUCUCAAAUAGAAUCCUUUCCAUUAGAAUAUAAUAUGUUAAUUAAUAAUAAUAACCUAAAGAAAAACAAUAAAUUAUGCAAAUUAAAUAUUUUUAUAGAUGAAAACCAAUUAAUACGAGUAGGUGGCCGUUUACAGAAUUCUGCAAUGUUUACGUACGCAAAGAAACAUCCCUUACUAAUUUCUGGUAAACAUUGGUUUUCAGUGCUGUUGUUCCGUCACGAGCACAAGCAACUGACGCACGCAGGUGCGCAAGCGCUGCUUUACAGCGUGCGUGAGUCAUACUGGCCAGUCAGCGGCAGGGAUCUCGCCCGGCAGGUAGUGCACACUUGCGUUGUAUGUACUCGACUGAGAGGCCGAACCCUUACGCCUAUCAUGGGUAACUUACCACAAGAGAGAAUCACUCCAACAUUCCCCUUUAUGCGUUGUGGAGUGGAUUACGCCGGGCCAGUGCUCGUACUGAACCGAAAGGGCAGAGGUUCUAAACUCAUUAAAUCGUAUAUUUGCAUUUUUAUAUGUUUUGUAACAAGAGCAGUACAUUUAGAGUUAGUAAGCGAUCUUUCCACAAAUUCUUACCUUUUAGCGCUUAAAAGAUUUAUUUCCAGGCGGGGUAAGCCUGCUGAAAUUUAUUCUGACAAUGGUAGAAACUUUGUAGGUCUCAUGAACGAAUUUAAACAUUUUUUAUCACAGUCACAUUCUGAAAUUGCAGACUUUGCGUGUAGUCACGAUAUUAAAUUUAAGUUAAUACCACCGUAUACGCCUCAUUUUGGUGGUUUAUGGGAGGCUGGGGUCAAAUCGUGCAAGCAUCACUUGCUUCGAACAGUGGGUAACGCGCAUCUGACCUUUGAGGAGAUAAGCACUGUUCUAGCACAAAUAGAAGCUAUCAUGAACUCCCGUCCUCUCAAUCCUCUCUCAUCCGA